AUGUGCACCGACAAUCACCCACACGCCCACGCCCACAUUCCCCAAUAUUCCCUAACCCCCGCAUUCACCCACACGCCCACGCCCACAUCCUCACCAUCCCUUAAAUCCCCUAACCCCACAGUCACCCACAGCCACACGCCCAUAUCCCCAUCAUCCCUUAAAUCUCUCACCCACACGCCCACGCCCACAUCCUCACCAUCCCUUAAAUCCCCUAACCCCACAGUCACCCACAGCCACACGCCCAUAUCCCCAUCAUCCCUUAAAUCUCUCACCCACACGCCCACGCCCACAUCCUCACCAUCCCUUAAAUCCCCUAACCCCACAGUCACCCACAGCCACACGCCCAUAUCCCCAUCAUCCCUUAAAUCUCGUAUCCUUCACAUACAUCCCCACGCCCACAUCCUCACCGUCCCUAAAAUCCUCUAA